UCGCUUACAAACUAUGAACCACUUAACCCCAAACCCUGCAAACUCAACACCCCUCACACCACUCACCUUCCUCGAGAGAGCAGCCGUCGUCUACGGUAACUCCAACUCCAUCCUUUACGACACCGUUUCCUUCGCUUGGUCGCAGACCCACCAACGAUGCCUCCAACUAGCUUCCUCUCUUUCCGUUCUCGGUCUUGGACGAGGCCAUGUCAUCUCUGUUCUCUCUCCCAACACUCCUCCCAUGUACGAACUCCACUUCGCCGUCCCCAUGUGCGGCGCCAUCCUCAACAACCUCAACCUCCGCCUCGACCACCACACACUCUCGGUGCUCCUCCGCCACAGCGAAUCAAAGCUCGUCUUUGUCCACUCAAGCUCCCUCACUCUCAUCCUCCGUGCCCUAGCCACGUUCCCCAAAACCAUCCCACGCCCCUCCCUCGUCCUUAUCACCGACGAUGACAUCGCAAUGUCGACACACCCUCCCAUCAUAGACACGUACGAGAGCCUCUUAAAGAAAGGCGACCCGGGCUUCAAAUGGGCCCGGCCCAACUCCGAGUGUGACCCAAUAACGCUCAACUACACCUCCGGCACGACGUCGUCUCCCAAAGGCGUUGUCCACUCCCACCGCUCAACGUUCAUAAUGGCACUAGACUCCUUAAUCGAUUGGUCAGUGCCGAAGCAGCCAGUGUAUUUAUGGACGCUACCGAUGUUCCACUCUAACGGGUGGACCUUCCCGUGGGGGAUCGCCGCCGUAGGCGGCACCAACGUUUGCACGCGUAAAAUCAACGCGCCAACAAUCUACCGUUUGAUUGAAACCCACUCCGUGACGCACAUGUGCGCUGCGCCGGUGGUUCUCAACAUGCUGUUAAUGUUCAACAAAACCGAACCGGUUAAGAAACCGGUUCACGUCCUCACCGGAGGAUCCUCGCCUCCGGCGACGAUCCUGACGCGCGCGGAGGAGUUAGGGUUUAAGGUGAGCCACGGGUACGGGAUGACGGAGACGCUGGGGGUGAUUGUGUCGUGCGCGUGGAAGAGGGAGUGGGACAAGCUUCCGGCGGCGGAGAGGGCACGGUUGCGGGCGCGGCAGGGAGUGAGGACGGUGGCGACGACGGAGGUGGACGUGGUGGAUCAGGCGACGGGGGUUAGCGUGAAGCGCGACGGUGUAAGUUCGGGGGAGAUAGUGGUUCGAGGCGCGUGCGUGAUGUUGGGUUACUUAAAAGAUUCAGAAGGAACGAAAAGGUGUAUAAGAAACAACGGGUGGUUAUACACGGGUGACGUUGGCGUGAUGCAUGAAGAUGGGUACUUGGAGAUUAAGGAUAGGUCGAAGGAUGUUAUUAUCAGUGGUGGUGAGAAUUUGAGCAGUGUGGAGGUUGAGGCGGUGCUGUACGGGCACCCGGCGGUGAACGAGGUGGCGGUGGUGGCGCGGCCGGACGAGUUCUGGGGGGAGACGCCGUGCGCGUUUGUGAGGCUGAAGGAGGGGCUGGUGGCGCCGCCGUCGGAGAAGGAGGUGGUGGAGUUCUGCAGGGAGAGGCUGCCGCACUUCAUGGUGCCGAAGACGGUGGUGUUUAAGGAGGCGCUGCCGAAGACGUCGACGGGGAAGAUUCAGAAGCACGUGCUGAGGAUGGACGCGAGGGCUAUGGGGUCCAUCAUGGCGGCGCCACCUCCUCUUGCUAGUCGCAUGUAGAGUGUACUAAAUUGUUGUGUUUCUUUUGUUGGGUGUUUGGUGAGUUAUUUAAUUGAUUGAAGCUAUUUUAUGAAUACUAGUGGAGCCGUGUCUCUAUAUAUA